AUGGGUAUUUUGACUAAAGCCGAUAAGGAAAAGAUUAAAAGAGUCAUUCCCAAAGCUAAUAAUAAAAUUAUUGAUGCUACUGUGGCAAGAUUAUAUAUUGCUUAUCCUGAUCCAACUGAAUGGAAAUACACAGAAUUAUUAGGCGCUAUAGUUUUAGUUGAUGAUUUGGUGGGACAUACAUUUUUUUUGAAGUUAGUUGAUAUUUUGGGACACAGGGGUGUUAUCUGGGAUCAAGAAUUGUACAUUGAUUUUGAAUACUAUCAGGAUAGGAAAUUUUUUCAUACAUUUGAAAUAGAGGAUUGUUUGGUAGGGUUGUUAUUUGAGGAUACAAAUGAUGCAUCCCACUUCUAUAAGAGAGUUACAGGACGUCAGAAACAUGGAUCGAAGCAGACGGUUAAUAAUAAAAAUGCAAUUGCGUUGAAACAGUCCAAUCCAACGACACUGGGCCACGCCAUGCCAGGGCCAAGGGGUGAGUACAUGGAUGUUAAUACGGCACAGCGGUCGCGGAGAGCAAAGGGAGUUUUGUAUUAUGAUGAUGUUCCGCCACCUGAAUGGAGAUCCUUAUACUCAGAGUUAGAAGCAGCGGGAAUCACUGAGGAUAUGAUUGCGGAUAACAGAGAAUUUAUUAAGAAUUACAUUGCGCAACAAGGAGGACCAUUAGUCGGGUUAGAGCCUCCAAUUCCUCGUAAAUUACAGAAAAAAAAUGAAUUUGUGCCUGAGCCUUCUACUAGGGUUACAUCCUCUUCCUCUUUGACGAAGAGCAAAAAGGCUCCACCUCCGCCUCCACCUCCAGCAAAAUCUUCAGGACCAUCUGCUUACUCGUCAACUGAUGACUUCAACUUCCAGACGGCAGGUCAAAGCCCUGCUACAGAAGGUUCACAUAGUCCCUCCCCUUCUCCUUCUCCUUCUCCUGCUGAUGCAGAACCUGCUGAAUCGAAACCUAAGUUUAGGUUGCCUCCAGCUACAGCAGUUGCACCACCAGUUCCUGGCCUUUCAAUGUCUCAUACAGGUCCUUCAAACCAAGGAAAAGGAAUGCAACCUACUCAACAAUUUAAUCAGCCACCCUCACUUCAAUCACAUAAUGCUCCGCCAGCUCUUCCUCCUCAAGGAGCAAGGCCAGUACCACCUCCUCCCCCCUCGAGAUCUAAUCAAGCAACUGGGGUUCCUCCUCCUCCUCCCAGAGUAGGAACAAUACCAAAUGCUCCCCAAACAACUGGUGGUGCUCCUCCUCCACCUCCUCCUCCAAGAGCUGCUAGAGGUGUUCCUCCUCCACCUCCUCCAAGAGCUGCUAGAAAUGUUCCAGUCCAACAAGGUCAACAGCAUACAACAUCCUCUUAUCAAAAUGCAUCCAAUCCACCUCCACUCCCACCCACACAUAAUCAGAUACCCUCACAAACUCCACCAUCUCGCCAACCCUCGACCUACGAAAAUAUUGGUCAACGGCCGCAACAACCUGUCCCUCCUACUUCCACAGGAGCUUCUCACCCACCUCCACCUCCUCCGUUACCACCUACUACAACUGGUGGUGCCCCUCCACCUCCUCCCUUACCACCAACUACUACUGGUGGUGCCCCUCCACCUCCUCCGUUACCACCUACUACUACUGGAGGUGCUCCCCCACCUCCUCCCUUACCACCUUCAAAUAUGGGUUCUGGUGAAACUGCACCAUUGCCGUCGGUUGAUCCCUCAAGAGAUGCUCUUUUGGCAUCAAUUAGAGGUGCUGGGCUUGGUGCUCUUAAGAAGACUGACAAAUCUCAGCUUGAGAAGCCUAGCGUGUUGCUACAAGAGGCGAAAGGUGAAUCUCCAAGUAUUCCAAGUUCUGGUGCAGCUUCUGGUGCCCCAGGAACCGGCCAACCAGCUAGUUUGGCAGAUGCGUUGGCUUCAGCGCUUAAUAAAAGAAAAGGUAAGGUUGCAGCAAGUGAUGAUGAAGACGAUGAUGAUGACUGGUGA